GAGGCUGACAGUUGAUUAGCGAGACGAUUCGACAUUGCUGGCUCUCUCAAGCCUGAUUCCUUCUACUUUCCGUCACUUCUCUCUUUCAUCUAAAUCGAAGACGACGACGACACAGAGCUCUCUCUCUCUCUCUCUCUCUCUCUCCAUUCCUUUUCAAUUUGGAGCAUCCUAAUUGUUCUUUUCCUUUACCUCUAAACCCUAGAAUACUUGUCAAAUAUUACCAUUUAAUUAUUUAAUCAAGGCAAUGGCGUUGAGUUUGCAGCAAUGGGAAUCGGACCCUCUGUUCUCGGCGGCCGAAGUGGUUCAAGAUUCCACCGACAGGAUGGAAUCAAUAUUUCGUCUACUAUUGCAUGAGCAAAGUCUUGUUCAAGGAGACCAUCCAGAGCCAAAGCUACUUAAUUCUGUAGAAUAUCAUAGGCGUGAUCUGGUCACUACUAUUGAAACAGCAAAAUGGCAGCUGGAAGACUUUGAAAGAGAGGUAAAUCUGUCAGCCAUGACAGACAAGUCUCAACUGAGGCAAGAUGUGAUUUUAAGACAUAAGCAGUUUAUCAGAGCCAUUAGGGAACAUAUAGUUAAUGUGGAGAAAAGCGUGGAGGGAAUAUUGGCAGGAGACUUAGGAAGGAAUUCUGAGUGGGUAAACUUGAAUGAACAAGAUAGAUAUGGGUUGGCAUUGUUUCUUUCGGGCGGAAAACCUGUUGACCAUGGACCACUCUCUGACUCGGAAGACAGUAAUAUACUGAGAAGGUUUCUUGAUCCAACUGCAUCAUCUAGUCUCAAUGACGAGAUUGUUGAGCAGGAUAUUCGAGAAACUACGAGCUUGAACAUGAAUGGGUUUGUGCAUUUAGACCAUAAGUUUGAUAAAAAGGAUAAUAAAUUAAGGAGGGUGGGUUCUCUUUAUUCCACACAAAUGGCACUUGAAGCACCAUCUUUAAUUCAAGGGGCUGCUUCUGACAGAUGUGAUGAAGAGGGGAGUUGGGAUUUGGAAGCUAAUGAGGCCAAAUGUAGAAGCUUCUUUCAGAAGAACAAGUUUAGAGGUUAUUACAGCAAAGUGAAUGUCUUUGGAUCCUUGGGGAAUUUGUUGUCUGCAUAUGGAAAUAGGGCCAGUAGGAGUUUUACAAAGAGGUGGAAAGAUGGGGAAGAACAAAGGCAUCCACCAUUACACACUGAUGUUUCUCAAGCUGCACAGGGUCUCAAUUUUUAUUGGUAUAUGUGAUCAUCCCUUUGGAUGAUCUUAACCCUAUGCUACUGCUGCUGGUGUUGUCAAGUGACUCUAGAGGGAAAAAGGCACCUUUUUUGAAUUGGAGAAAGAAGCGGUAUUUCUCUGAGAGGCUUUGUUCAUGUGUAAGGAAUCUAGCCACGCAUGGCAUAUAUGUCUACAGAUUCUUCAAAGAGCAGAUGACUGCUUGAAUUCAAGAUUAUGUUAACAAGCUCCUCAUGUAGCAGGGUCAUAUGUCUACAUGAAAAUUCACUUGGCUUGAUCAAAUAUCCACUCAAAAGUUCCAUUCAUCUAAUUAUUGGAAGUUAUAAUACCAUUCAACGACAGACUUUAUUAUGCUUUUAGUGCCUGGAAGAACUCAAAAUAGUUUUCUUACAAGACUAGGGCUCGCUUCCCGAUAUAUCAAUCCUCAGCAGUGGUCAGAUUUAUUAGCAAGAGUCAUGCACUCCCAUACUUGGCUUGAGCAGUGUUGGGCUAGAUAUCAAAGAUCUCAUACUCAAGUCAGUUGUCGUCCUGUAAGAUUGAUAUCAGCAAUACUAUUGACAUUGAUAUUUUUAGGUAUCCUGGCAUCUCUAGUAGCUUGAGUGGACUAUUUACAAGGGCAUUUUACACUGAGGAUGUCCAUCAGUUGCCCAUAAAUCAUGAAGCCUAGCAUAUUAUAUUUUGGUCCUACGCUAUUGUCAAAAGUGUCGGCAUCAGUUUCUCUAUCGAUUGUCAUCGUUUUCAAUUUACCACUUGGUCGUAGUUGGAUUGCAACAAUCUGCGCUAGCAAUUUGUUUGGGUGAAGUCGAGAGUCUCAUCCUCUAUGGUAUUACGGUGUUGGAGUGUUUUUUUUUUUUUAAAAAAUUUCUGCAAGCAGCAAGGCAGUGCAGAAAACUUGGCUGACUAAUUCACUAUUAAUUUACAUUGUCAAAUAGUUACGAAGCCUCAAACCGGCUAUUUUGUAGUGGGUGGGAACCCCUUUGGUCACAUCAAGGGGGUUGUUAUGCUGGUCGCCCCUUCCCACCUUUUUCUCCUAGCC